AUGCACUGGAAUGCUCUAAUAAAUCAAGCUGCGCUGCGGUUUGACGGCGGCCCCAGAAGCUUCCCCCCAGCCAGCGAUGCUACCUUUGCCUUCAACUGGCCAUACGAGCCGCCCAACGAAGACUACGAGAAGCUCUUCAUCCGUCAAGCAGUUGCGCCAUCUACUCCACGGCACGAGGACGCGUACCGCCCUUUCAGCUGCGGGUGGCUGGUUCCCGACGAGACGAGCCUGUGCAAGCCUGUCUUUGUUGCUCACUCUCUGCUGUCAGCUAUCUGGCUGGUGCGAGCGUCGCUCCCAGACAAAGACACGCUCCCUGACGAUGUUUGGGCUCGCCUUGUCUCUGCAGCAGACACACUCACCUCCCAGGGCGCAGAGCAAGCUCCGCCUUCUGCUCAAACUCCCCCUCCAAGCCAAGCUGCCCAGGCGCCGUCGCGUGCGUCGAGUCCUCGGAUAUCCAACUGCAGCAGCGAUCUGGAGGAGCUACGUCCACAGGAGUCGGCAGCUCUGAUCACCACAGUCACUAGCAACAACCGUCGCGCUGAGCAGGCCCGUGACAAGAAGCGUAAAGCUUCGCUGAUGAGAAAGCGGCUAGACCUUGGUUUGAUUGAACCAAGCAACACGGCUUCUCGCGACGAACACUACGCCUACAACUUUCUUUCCUGGAAGGACGAGGCCAUCGUCGCCUGGAUCAUCAAGCAGCCGGUCUCUGACACAGACGACUUCUACAACGCCGCCCAAACGCCGUAUCGCACAGCUUUAAUCUUUCUGGAGAAGGCUCGUGCGCUCGGGAGC